CGUCGUUGUCCGUGGUUAUCCACGUGUAAAAGUGAAAUCCACGCAUCCAAACGAAAACCUUUGAUUCCGCCACGUGGCGUUAUUACAGUUACAAUCAAGAAAAAUCGAAUUGAAAACAGAGCGAAGAAGAAGACGAAGAAGAGAAAGAGGAAACAAACAAUGGUGAAUGUGGUGAAUGCGUUAAUGCUAACUCGGUUACUAACUCGUAACGAACUCGCCGGUCAUGAAGGAAUACCGUUCGGAUCAGUAACGUGGUUCAUCUACGCUGGAAUUUCAUGUUUUCUCGUCAUCUUCGCCGGAAUCAUGUCUGGUUUAACCCUAGGUCUCAUGUCACUCGGUCUCGUUGAUCUCGAGAUUCUUCAGCGUAGCGGUUCUCCCUCCGAGAAAAAGCAAGCAGCGGUUAUACUUCCGGUUGUUCAAAAACAACACCAGCUUCUGGUGACUCUGCUUCUGUGUAAUGCUGCUGCUAUGGAGGCACUUCCGAUAUACUUAGACAAGUUGUUCAAUCAAUUUGUUGCUAUCAUUCUUUCUGUGACUUUCGUUCUGUUUUUUGGGGAGGUUAUUCCUCAAGCAAUUUGUAGUAAAUAUGGCCUUGCUGUCGGUGCCAACCUUGUAUGGCUUGUACGAGUUUUAAUGAUAAUCUGUUAUCCAGUUUCUUAUCCUGUUGGAAAGGUUCUUGAUCGGCUAUUAGGUCACAAUGAGGCGUUAUUUAGGCGAGCACAGUUAAAAGCUCUUGUUUCCAUUCACAGUAAGGAGGCUGGUAAAGGGGGUGAGCUUACACAUGAUGAGACAACAAUUAUCAGUGGAGCUCUAGAUUUGACUGAAAAGACUGCUGAAGAGGCUAUGACUCCUAUUGAAUCAACUUUUUCUUUGGAUGUUAAUUCAAAAUUGGACUGGGAGGCAAUGGGAAAAGUUCUUGCCCGUGGGCAUAGCCGAGUUCCCGUCUAUUCUGGAAAUCCGAAAAACAUUAUUGGGCUUCUACUUGUCAAAAGUCUUCUCACUGUUCGGCCAGAAACGGAGACCCCUGUCAGUGCUAUCUGCAUCCGGAGAAUCCCACGAGUUCCAUCAGAUAUGCCACUCUAUGAUAUACUGAAUGAGUUCCAAAAAGGCAGCAGUCAUAUGGCUGCUAUUGUGAAGGCCAGGGGGAAAGGAAAAUUGCCUCCACAAACGAAUCACGGUGAGAAAUACAAAGAAAACAAAAGGGUUGAUGCGGAUUCGCAGUUGACUACUCCGUUACUACAAAAGCAGGAUGAGAUGACUGAAAGUGUUGUUGACAUCGACAAACUUUCAAGACCUCCAAACAUUAAAAAGCUAUCUGCUUUGCAAUAUAAUGAUGUCACAGCAAAUGCUUCCUUUACGGAAAAUAUUGAAGACGGUGAAGUGAUUGGUAUUAUCACUUUAGAAGAUGUAUUUGAAGAACUUCUGCAAGAGGAGAUUGUGGAUGAGACAGAUGAAUAUGUCGAUGUUCAUAAGAGAAUACGUGUGGCUGCAGCUGCAGCUGCUUCAUCAGUAGCACGAGCUCCAUCAAUCCGAAGGUUGGCUACUCAAAAGGGACUAGGAGGCCAAAGUAAGCCAGGGGUAUCUACUCCUAAGAGAUCAGCAGAGGAAGAUGGAUUGAACUCUCCAAGGUUUCAAUAAUUUUGUUAACCUAUCUGGAACAGUUGUGUUUGUCAUAAAUAAUGAGGCAAUUAUUCGUAAUUUUGUAUAUAUUUUCUAACAAGUGUGAUAAAGGCCAACAUUCUCUCUCACACACACACACAAACGCUAUAGUGCAAGCUUAAUUAGUGAGCUAAUGCUCUAUGCAAUUUUGCUGUAGCUUUGUAAAAUUAACUGCAAAAGAAGUAACUCAUAGUCGGUAGAUACACUACUCUACAGUUGGAUAUUUCAUUUAUUGACUGAGAUAUCAGAAUAUUCAUAACCAGGAAGACGAGACACAUUUGAGACCUCA